AUGAGCUGGUUGGCUGAAUUGCUUUCGAGGAACAGCUCUGAUCCGAGAGAACGCCUUGAGCUCGGGCAAACCCUAGUAGCAGCCCUUCAAACACAACCACUGCCCCCGGACUCGAAAUUGCUCAACGAUCUCUGCGACCUCAUCUUUCAAUGGUUGGCCGGCAGCAACUUCAAGGUCUCGCUGUUGGCGUUGGAGGCGAUGGACGUCGGGGCGACGGCUAGUGGACCAGUUUUAGUGCCAUACCUCAUCGACCGAUUCUCGAAUAUUAUUGAUAGGCUUGGCGACUCGAAAGUGAUGGUACGCGAGGCGACGGCCGAUUUGAUCGUGGCUCUUUCCUAUUCACCGCCCUGCACACCACAGCUGGUCCUCGAGAAAAUCGUGGCUGCGAUGGCGCACCGUGUGUGGCAUGUGCGGUGUGGCGGUAUGCACGUCUUCGCCCGUAUCGCGGCUCUCAGCCGAGGCGAGGUGGAAACACAGGUGACCCGCACGAUCCCCACCUUCUGCCGGCUGAUGGCUGACCCCAAUCCUGAGCUGAUAUUGAAGGUGCGCGACAGCGCCGGCGACGCCCUCGCACAGCUGAUGGCCGCUUUCGGGCCGGACAUUGUCGAAAGUAUCCAGAAAAAGAAGCUCCUCCCCGACAGCAAAUUGGAGAUGCUGGCCGCAAAGUGCCAAGAGGCGUUGAAGAAUAGCCCCGUGCGGCAGACACGCUCCAUCGCCCGGCCGUCGGCGUUGCAGAAGCCCCAGCAGCGCACGCCAAGUGCCGCGCCGACGCCCGAGCCAAGAAGUCGCAAGCCAUCCCUCCAGCGCAGCGAAGAGGAUCUAACUAGGAAUAGAAGCAUGGUACAGAACAGGACGAUCGAACCCGGCGAGGUGACGGAGGAAGAAAUUCGAAGCAUGUUCCCGUGUCCACCAAUUACGAUGGGGCCCCUGGCAGAUGAGAUGGAAAAUAUACGCGUCAACUUGGAAAAUGAUCGUAUCGAUUGGACAAAGCGCUUUGCUGCGAUCCAAAAGCUAAGAGCAAUUGCCCAACUGGAUAUUGGAAAGUCUGAUGCGUUCGUCACGCUACUUACGAAUAUGGCCCCAGAGAUCGUCAUUACCGUCCGAGAUUUACGGUCCCAACUCGUCAAAGAAGCCACGGCUACAAUUUGCUAUAUCUGGAAUACGCUGGGCAUCCGCGUGGUGAAGCUUGCUGAGGCCGUGCUACCCGUUGCGCUCAACCAUUUGAAGAACAGCCAAAACGUCUUUUGGUCGUGUGGGCAGCUGAUCGCCACUUUUAUCGUCGAUAACGUGCAGUCACCCAGCAUUAUUUCCGUGAUAACAAGAGACAGCUCAUCAAAGGCUAAGCGCGUUCGACAAUUCGUGGUCGUCUUGAUCGAGAAGAUGCUGAGCUGGCCGCCGCAUCUUAUACAAGGGCCCAUGGAGAUGUUCACAAAGAUCAUCAAGGCAGCGAUAACUGAUGCGGAUCCAGCUACUCGCAAAUCGGCUAGGGAAGCAUACCUCACAUUGGAGAUGCAGAUGCCAGACGUUGCUCGGAAAUUAUACACGCAACUUGGUCCGGACGGCCAGAAACGGCUCGGCACGACUGGUUCGAAGGCGCCUUCUUUAAAUGGUUCGCAACAAUCACUCAACACUGCCGGGCUCGAGAAUGGACAGGGACGGCGACUAGGCCAACUAAGAUUCGACAAGCGGCUGCCGAACGGCUCAUUUGGACGAUCAGCGUCGGCACUGGACCCGGGAGCUUUAUCCAGUUUCCGAACGGGGAUGAGUGGUGUGCGCAUGGGACCGCCAGCACGUUUCGCGGAUGUGAAGAGUCGCGUCUACUCGCCUUCACCAUCCAGUCAGCCCCCGUCACGGUCUACAAGCCCCUCGCGCGGUGGAGCCGCACGUUUUGCCGUGCCCAACCUUCCCGCUUCUAAAUCUAUCGGUCGAGCGGCGGGUGCUCAAAUUAUGCGUCCACAACAGUCGAUGAAUCGACUGGCAUCCAUGGGCCGUCAGAAGACGUCUGAUGAUAUCAACAAUGCCUUGUUGCAACUACAGCUCGGUUUUUGUCAAGAUGAUGAGGCGCCGGGCACCCCUCAACGUCAGACGUCCGCUUUGCGAAAGCCUUCCAACCAGACAUCCCUUCGGACACCGUCGAACAACAUUAACCGCCCGGCCACGUUCAAAUCUCCCCCAGUUGACGCUGUAAAAUCCGGUCAUCCACACGUUAUUCAUCUGCUCUCCAGCGCUGACGAUCCAACGAAGAAAGAAGGCCUACGCGGCCUUGCGAAGUUGUGUGAAGAGCGCUUGCCGCUAUCAAAAGAAGAACUCAAGCAAUAUUGUGACGCGUUGGCCCGUAUCACUUCAGCUUCGCGCCAGUUGAUCACCUUUGUUUGCGACGGUAUUUGUGGGUUGAUGGCUGCUUAUGGUCGACAAAUGGAGGCGACUGAUCUCGACUACUUGAUUAGGCAAAUCUUCAUCCGGCUGGCUGACGAGUUACUGCUGCCCAUCAACAUUGGCAAAUUUCAAAGUGCCUUGCAAGGCAUGAUGGAAAACGUUUCGCCACAGCUGCUGCUCAAUUUGGUCUGCAAGAAGUUCCAAGACUCAUCGCUGUCUGUGAAGCCUCGUCUCCGGAUGCUAGAGUUUCUGCAACAGCUCCUCGAGAUGCAUGCGGGCGUCAAAUUCGAUAUUAAUGGGCCCGACGUCAAGGGUGCGGUGGUGAUGAUGUUGAAGCUCGCCAAUGAUGGGAAAUCCGGCGCCAAGCCCAGAGCGGUCAUCGAAUCUAUUCUGCACUCACUAUUUGCGAUGUCGGCUCCGGACUUUGACGCCAUGUUGCCACAGGACACGCAACAACGCCAACUGGCUUAUGCACUGCUGAAGAACGAAGCUUCCACGACUAACGGCGCGCACAGCAACGGUAGCGGCACCAUUGAAACCGCGUCAAAGGUUCCAUCCAUAUCGUCGCACACAAACACUUCGGGAAGGAGCAGCGCAGGCAGCUACAACUCCAUGGCCUUGGAUACUUCGCUAUCGGACGUGCUCAGCGUAAUUUCUAAUAAAAACCAUCCCGAUUUCGUCAGCAAGUUCAAGCUGCUGUCGGAAAUGAUCAAAUCCAAGCCGGAGGAUCAGCUGGCUGAGCUUGCCGACAAGACUGGCAGCUAUAUUUUGAUGGCGAUCAACGAGGAACAUUCGAACGUGCGAAAGGCUGGUGUGAUUGCACUCGUUUCGUUGAACAUCAGAGCUCCCGAGCGGGCUAGAUUAAUUUUAAACCAACUAGCGCCUAGCAAGCAAAAACUGGUGGAUGUAUUCACAGAGAAGACCAAGAAUGGAAGCACUCAACUC